CCUUUCUGUGAUGGCUCUCACUUCUUCCAGCGCACUGGCCUAUCCCCACUCAAGUUCAAGGCCCAGGAGACCCGCACAGUGGCCCUCUGUACCUGCAAGGCCACCCAGAAGCCCCCAUACUGUGAUGGCACCCACAACAGUGAGCAGGUGCAGAAGGCAGAGGUGGGCUCUGCGCUCUGAGGGGUGGCCGCUGCCCAGCCCCAGGG